AUGUACAGAGAAUAUGACAUUAAAAACGAAGAUAAUAAAUGUUUUGUUGAUGUAAAAAGGAAAAAGGAUAGAAAUAAGAACAUAAAUUUUGAACCAGUAAAAAAAAGUAACUAUAUAUGUGUAGAAAUUCCUGGUAAAAUAAAAAAGGGGAGCAGUGGAUUAUCUGCUGUUGAAUCUUUGGGGGGGUUAAAUAAAAUUACUGAACUUUUUAAACAUGAUGAAAAUGGUUAUGAAAAUGAAGGAGAAUCUUUAAUAUUACGAAUAAAUAACAAUGACAUAUUUUCAUCUUUUGUUUCAUCCAAUUGUACAAAAGUUAAUAACAUUUUAAUUAAAAUAAAAAAGACUAAAAAAAAUAAAUAUAAGAUUGAAUUUAUGGGUUUUGUAAAAUAUUUGUAUUAUUUUGAUAGUAUGUCUGAUUUUUAUUAUAUUCCAUCUUUUUAUAAUAGGCACAAUUAUAGCACAAAUUAUAUACACUAUUUAACAAAAGACGAAAAAGAAAAAAGUAAAAAAAGUAAAGAUAAUAAAAAUGAGCAAGAAAAUAAUAAGUCCACAUUUCCAGAUAGCUAUUUUGAUUAUUUUUUUCCAAAUAAUUUAAACCUUACCACAGAAUGUAAAAACGACUUUUUUCUUAACCAACUUAAUGGGGUCCAUUAUCCAUGGAAUAAUUCAGUUUGCUUCGAUAAAAAUCGAGAAAAUAAUGGAGAGAAUAAUGCUGAAAAUGAUAGUGGUAAACAAAUUGCCAGCACAUUUGGGGUUCCAAUAUUGACUGAUGGAAAGGAAAACAAUAUAACGGGUUCGGGACCUCUUAACUUGCAUCCACAUAUAUUUGGUCCCAGGCAAUUGGAUAAUUUACCUUGUUCUAAUUUCAUCCCUUUUGAUAAGAAUUUUUCCUUAAAGACAUUUGAUGAAAAUAAGGAACUUGAUGAAUAUUUUUCUGAUAAAGAAAAAAAGGAAUUAUAUAAAAAUAUUUUAAAUUAUAAAGAUGCUUCAAAUAUGUUUGAUGAUAAAACUGAUUUUAAUUUUUCAUCUGAUGAAAGUGAAGGAUAUGAAUUACAAUCUUGUAUACAUAGUAAAAGUACAAUACCUUAUGAUUUUAAAAAAUAUAAAUCUCAAAAAAUAAGUAAAUAUAUAAGAGAGUAUAAAUAUUUAAUAAGUAAAUUUACUGAGCCAUUUGAUUCUAAAAAUGAUAUAAAAAAUGAAGACUUGGAAAAUUUUAUUAAAAAAUUAAUAAUAAAUAAAAAUGAAAAAGAUCAUGACUUACCUAACAAAUCAGUACCAUUUCAGUUUGUUGCUGAAAGUGUAGAGAAAGAAAAAGACGUAGAAAAAGGAAGUGACAAAUUACACAUCAACAAUAAUAUACUUUACAAUGAUAACUAUAUGGAUCAGAACAUUUUCAAUGAUUCUAGUGAUUCAAAUGGCAUUAGAAAAGACAGUAAAGGAGAUAACAACCAAAAUGAUAGUAGUGAUGGUAUGAACAAAAUAAUAGUGAGUAAAAAAACGGUGCAUUGUAAUCCGAUUGCCAAUUUUAACGACCCAAUAUAUCCUACAAUUCCAUAUGAAUCUGCAUUAAAAAAGUAUGUAUCUGAUGAAUUAUAUAAUAGAGUAAAAUGUCUUUUUGAUAUUCGGCCAAUAUGGGCAAAAGAAGUUUUAGUAGAACAUCUUGAAAAUGUAACAACAUAUUGUUUAAAAAGUUGUUUUUCAAAAAUUUGUUUUUAUUUUGCUAAUGGACCAUGGAGACGUACUUAUUGCAGAUAUGGCUAUGACCCACGAAAUGACCCAUCGAGCUAUAUUUAUCAAACUAUAGAUUUUCGAGAUAAUUAUUAUAGAGACAUAAAUACAAAAAAUAUUGAAGAAAUGAAUAAACCUAUUAUAAAAAAAAAAAAUAUUCUCGACCAAACGAUAACUAAUAUAAUUAAAAACAUAAAUGAAGGAAACAUAAAUUUUUCAAACUUUUCAAGUGAUAAUUAUUCUUAUAUAAAUAAGGAAAGCAUAAUUAGGAUAAAAAGAGAAAAUAUUGCAAAUUCUGAUUUGAAUAUUCAUGAAAAUGAAACAUCAAAUAUGAUGGAGCCCCUUUCUACAUCCAAUGAAGUACAAGACAAUUUUAAAACAUUCAUAGAUACUUCAAAAAAUAAAAAAAAUAUAGAAUCAAAUAAUAGUAAUUUACAUAUUAAAAUUUCUCAUGAAGAAGAUGAUGAGAUUAAUGAAAUUUUAAAAUUUUUAAAAGGAUCAAAUACUUUUCAUCUUAGAAAAAAAUUUUCAUCUGAAAUUCAUUUUUGUGUUAGUCCUUUAAAGUUAUCAACUAUUUAUCAGUAUAUUGAUAUAUUUGAUAAUAAUGUUUUAAGUUAUCUUUCAAGUAUUAAGACCCAAGAUGUUUGUACAAAGGAUAAUGGGUGGAUUAGUAGUAAAGAUAUAGCUAAGAUCCGUGAUAUUUUAUUUGUAAAAUCGAUGACUUUACGUCAAGCUCAUACUAAAUAG